AAAAGCUGACGCCAGAUGGAGCGGCUGCAAAAAGCAGCGAUUCCACAACAAGAAAAAAAAUAUAAAUCCCUAGAUGGCUCUGACCACAAACAGAAAAAAGAUAUAGCUGUCGCUCGUAACUUCAGAAACGUCAAAGUUUUGUGCAUCGCCAUGGAGACGCAGACCCCAGCAGCUGAGAGUGCCGUCCAAGUUAAGGAGCCAAAGAGGGUGCUGCAUUGCGGCGACGGCGUCCUGGAGGAGUUCAGCGAUGAAGAGGACGGUGUUGCCAUCACGCCCUCCACCUACGCCGCCAGCGAAUCGGCCCUGCAAGAUCCCAAGACUAUGACUUGGGGUCCUUGGAUGGUGAACAGGGUAACGACAGCGGGGUCGACAGCCCUGGCCGCCUGCGACUACCUCGGCGAAUCCUUGGCCUCGUUCUUCGGAAUCACCACUCCUAAAUACCAGUACGAAAUCGAAGAGUACAAGAAGAUCGAGAAGGAGAAGAAGGAGUACGAGGAGCAGAAACGCGGAUGGAUGCCGAUGGAAGGUGCGGAGGAUACCGCUGGAAGGACCGUGGACGAGCAGCCCUUCUCUUCCGCCCCGGCUACAGCCCCGACUCCGGUCUAGUCGUAUGGAUGCUAGAGGAAUUCACAUGGAUGGACAAUUAACACGUAAUGAUAAUUUUAAGAAAAUAUUUAAGUUAUUGGUGAUUCUAUAAUCAUUUCUAAUGCAACUCAUAAUAUACAAACAAAACAAAGAAAGCAAUAAUUAAAUCUUUAUUUAAAAUCAAAUAAACAUGAUAAAAUGAUAACUUGUGCCAAAUUGUUUUCACGUUGCAAUGUUUUGUCAUAUUCUACGAAUACUUGA